AUGGUCACAAGGGAAUGUAUAACGCGGUGGGCAAACAUAAUCAAACCUAAUACUUACACUAUCAGGGAUUCAUACUCCAUUGGCCCCAUUAUUAACUUGACAAACUUACUUCAGGGCAUAUUCAAAGACACACCGCGGCAACUGCUGGAUCAAUCGGCAAUCAACUCGACUUCUCAACGGAAUUGGUUUCGAGGGCAUCACUUUAUCUUCAACUGCCAGGGGAACAAACAUUUGGGUAGUGAUGGUUACGACAAUUACCAAGCGCCAGUUAUCGAUAAUCAACAAUUGUACUUGCGACGAUUAUGGGCAAAAGGUUCGAUUCAAUUCAAUCAAGCACCAAAAGUAAACAGUGCUUUAGAAUGUACCGAGCAAGUGAAAACAGUCAAGCCAUUUGGCGAAGAUGUUUUUGUUGACAUUGAACGUAAAUAUACCUCGAACAAAGACAGUGAUCCAUUGUUGGUUGAAAAUAGAACAUUACUAUAUACCAACCAAUUAUAUGCCCCCAACAAAACUCCCAAAUUAGCUACUAGUCAACCUUUAGUUACAUUCAAAGUUUCCACCAUAGACUUGCUCAAAUAUAGCAUGCUCACGUAUAAUUUACAUCGAAUCCACUACGACCCUAAAUAUGCCCAUUCUAUUGAAAACUUACCCACGGUGCUCGUCCACGGUCCGUUGCAAGUGACAUUGGUGUUGUACUAUUUUAGUCUAAAGUAUCCCAAUCUAGUCGCUAGUCAAUUCAAGUAUCGAACUUUUGAACCCUUUUUCGUCAAUGAAGAAGCUGGGAUACUGAUUAUCGCUCAAGGGUCAAAUGAGUUUGAGUUGACAUUGUUAAAUGUUGCACAUAAAAAGGUAUACCUCAAGGGAACUUUAAAAUGCAAGUAG